AUGGAUGAAUUUUUGAGAAAGGAAGUUUCUGAGAAAUGCUUACUAGGAGGUUACAUCUGUGUUAUGUCAGUUGAAUUGGGUGAGGUGGGCAAGAAGGAGUUUGGGAGCCCACCCUUAAAGAAGCUAAAGCAGAGUCGUCUGCCUUUUGCACCUCUGGAUUCCAAGACCCCACAGAAGAAUUCAAGCCCUAACAAUCAGAAGAAACGAAAACUGUCAGGAUCUGAACUCUCUCAGAACUCGCCCAAGACUCCUCGCAGUGAAAACAACUCAAUGAGCGAAACCCCAGUGUCAGAGAGGAUAUUGCAAACACCAAAGUCAGUUGGAAGUGCCACCAAAGACAAGUCAAACUGCCAAAUGACCUCCGAUGAUGAAGUGAGUUCCAGUGUGGAUGACGACAUUGACGUACCUGAAGCGAAGAAGAAACCGGUCGAUAAAACGAGGAAGCUAUUGUCUGCCUUCAUGAACAAGGAGCCAACCCAGCAAGCAGAGGUCACCACCUCCACAGAUGACGUGGACAAGGAUGAAGUGGAACAGGACGACAAGGAGAACAAAGAAUGUAGCAGUGAGGAGGAGAGUGGGAGAGGGGAGAUGGAGAUAUCCUCAAAGGAUGACAGUCCUGAAGAAGAGGUUGCCGAGAGUGGAGCUGAUGCAGCUAACAAAGAGGAGGAAAAACCUGUGGAAAAUGCACCAAAAGAUGAUAGUGCAAAUGAGGAAGAGAGUAAAAAGAGCAGCAAGAAAACCUCACCAUUAAUUAAUAUGCUCAAAGCAAAGAAAACUAGCAGUGAUGCAAAGAAGGCGAAGGCUGUUCAGGAAAAGGCAGUGGAAGGAAAAUCAGGGAAAGAGGAAAAGGUAGAGGAUAAAUUGGAAAAACAAGAUAAGAUGAAGAAGAAACCAGUGAGAGUCAAGAAAGAAAACUAA